GCCCAGCGGUCAGUAACGGACGCCGCGACCGCAGAGGCGGCGGCGGGCGCGGAGCGGCGUGGUGGGGCCUUCAGGCCCGGCCCGCGCGUGGCCGCUGCGCGAGGAGCGCAGGCGCAAACUCGGCUGGGCCGUGGCAGGCUGUGGGCCCCGCGGGGAGGCCUCUUCCAGGCCCCGCGACGCGCCCUCGAUGCCGUUUGGGACUCAGCGGAGCGGAACGGAAGCCGGGCCCGGACAGCGGGCUGGGUAGAAGACUGAAGGGCCUGGUCGUCCGGCGCGGGUGGAUGUGGCGGCGGCGGCGGCGGCGGCGAUGGACGCCUUAGAGGAAGAGAGCUUCGCGCUGUCCCUCUCUUCCGCCUCUGAUGCAGAAUUUGAUGCUGUGGUUGGAUAUUUGGAGGACAUUAUCAUGGCUUUCCCUCACCUCCACUGGCCAGGGAGAAAGCAGAACUACCACCACAGAAGUACUGCCUCAUAUACCAGAUGCUUUUUAGUCUCCAGUAAAAAGAAUACAUUUCCCUGUUAUGGUUCAGAUGACGAGUUCCAGUUAUUACAGAGAAAUUUCAUGGACAAGUACUACCAGGAGUUUGAAGACACAGAAGAGAAUAAACUCACCUACACGCCCAUUUUUAAUGAAUAUAUUUCCUUGGUAGAAAAGUAUAUUGAGGAACAGCUGCUGGAGAGGAUUCCUGGAUUUAACAUGGCGGCUUUCACAACAACAUUACAGCACCAUAAAGAUGAAGUGGCUGGUGACAUAUUUGACAUGCUGCUCACAUUUACAGAUUUUCUGGCUUUUAAAGAAAUGUUUCUGGACUACAGAGCAGAAAAAGAAGGCCGAGGAUUGGACUUAAGCAGUGGUUUAGUGGUGACUUCAUUGUGCAAAUCAUCUUCCACGCCAGCUUCCCAGAACAAUCUGCGGCACUAGCUCCCAUCUCUAAGCACUGGACUGGGUCUAGACGUCACCAGCGUGGUGGGCUCAAUGAGGCUUUGGCUAAUGCCAACAAGAGAAUACAGCUUGCAAAGACUGACUGUCAUGUGGCUCUUCAUUAAUGUUAAGUAUUGAUGAGUCAAAAAGAAAAUUCCCUGACCCUCCCAGGACCUGUUUCUCCUGAGCCACCUUCUUGUAUUCAGUAACCCUAGAGCCCCUCCUAGAGUAGACAACUCUCUCAAGUGCAUCUGGGAGAAGCCCUUCCUUCAGCAUAAAUGGAAUGUCAACAGUGUGGAGUAACCCACCAUCACGAGCCCUCUCUGCCCCCAGUACCAGAGUAGGCUUUGCAGGAAUCUUCUCUGCAUGCUCAGCUCUUUUGCUUGGUUUCAGUCCUUCAGCCCCAGUGGUCCAGCUGGGUGGGUUUUUAUUUCAGUGUUUUAUCUAGAGUGUCACCACUCCUGUCUCUAGAUUUCCGGAGCCCCUAUUUUCAUAGCUAGUCUUGGCCUUGGCAGUCAGUGGAAAGAGAUGCCUUUUACCUAAAAGCUGCAUGUAAAACUCAGCUUGUGUUUUCUAGUCCUUUUGUCACUAUCUUCUGCUGGUCUUGAUAUAGUCCCACUGUGUUCCUAGAAGCCUCUUUUAAGCAUUAUUUUUUGAAAAAUAUUUUUAUAGAUGAAUACUCAGGCUAACCUAGUGGAUCUAAUCUUGGAAUUUCCAUGAUUACCCACUUAAAGAUCAAAGUAUUAUAUGCUGUGUGCUUUUUAGAUGUUAGUGCUAUGAAAGCAAAAAUGCUUUCUACAUUGGUGUUCCUAACUGGGCACUGAUGAAUGUGAGCUGUGCGCUGAAUGUAGACUAAGAGGUAUCCUUUACUUAUAUAGCAUGUUAAGUGUUUGUGCAGGUUUCCUUAAAAUCCUUUCUAUAUAAAUCAAUUCAUUAGAUUUUGUUGGGAUGGGUGUCAAGUUUAGUGAAAAAAAAAAACGUGACUGCAAUUGCUUCUUCACAUCACAUCUCUCCUACCAAGAUGGUGUUCACUGCUCUAGCUCAGCAUGACUAGCAGGUAGCAAACAGCUUUCAUGGCUUUCUGUCUGGCUUUGGUUUAGUAAAAUGUUUGGUAUAACAUUAGUGACCAGAAAACAUGUAUGCCAUGUCCUGAGAAAGAAGAAAAAACAGUUUAAUUCCCAACGUGUACCUUUGAAAAAAGUUUUUAAAUAAAAAUAAAAUUCUGUACUGACUUUC